AUGAUUGAGACUGAAAAUCAGUCGGACUCGCGUGUCAGCAGACUGGGCCAGCAGAACGAGGAUCUCCUCGUAGCUGGCGACGGUAACGGGGUUGACGGUAACGGUGGUGAUCGCGAGGCUAGUGACCAAGCAGCUGCUGCAACCACCGCAACGACGGUGGAGGACGCAGGUGCAAUGAGAAAAGAGGAUCAAGAAACGUCGCGGAUUCACGAGAAUUCGCUGAAGGGCGGCGUCGCCGCGAACGUCGCGACGCCCACAACGGCAUCGACGAUGCCGGUGGAGGACGACGAUGAGGAUGAAGAAGAGGCAGAGGAGGAGGACGAAGAGGAGGACGCCGAGGAGGAAGAGGAGGAGGAUGGAGUCGAGGAGGGUGGAAUCGCAGUGGAGGGUGGAAUGACGACGCAAGAAGAGGUCGGGGGUGUGUUGGCCGGUGGUGAAGGUGGGGGUGGUAGCGGCAUGGCCGGCUACUGGAGGCAGAGCAGACCCUCCAGUCCCCGCAUGCCGCCUCCGGAGCAGUCGGAGCAGCCGAGCCGACCCAAGAGCCGGCACGAGCUACAAGCCGCGAGAUAUAAUAACCUCGGCUACUGGCGAGCAAGAAGAGUCACCUUUUACAAAAAUGGCGAUCCUUAUUUUCCGGGGGUGGAAUUCAGAUUCAAACCUGGCCGUGACAUUGGUUCUUUGGAGGCUCUAUUGGAUAGAUUAUCCCUUCGGAUGGACCUGCCAAGAGGAGCGCGCCACAUUUUCUCGAUGGACGGUGAUCGGAAGAUUAAUCUUGAUGAACUCGAGGAUGGUGCCUCUUACGUAGUGUCCAGCUAUAAAACUUUCAAGCCGGCCAGCUACGGAAAGAAAAACAACACCUGGUACACUAGUCCUGCAGGUGGUGGAGGUAGUAGGAGCAGUACCACUGGGACCGUAAGUGGGGUUGGAGGGUGGCAAAGUAGACCGCCAGCGGUACCGAGCCUUAGCCGGAAAGCUUCCAUCACUGAAGAAGCGCCACCCCCUGGUGGCGGAAAGCCAUCAUCGGGCCGUGUCAUUCGUAUUGUUAACAACCAUGAUCAUACUGUUCAGUGUCGAGUUCUGCUAAAUCUUCGUACAUCGCAACCAUUCGAGGAGGUUUUAGAAGAUCUUGGACAAGUAUUGAAGAUGAACGGGGCUAAGAGAAUGUUUACUGUUUCAGGACAAGAGGUGAGGAGUUUCUCGCAAUUGCGGAACGAGUUUGCUGACGUAGAUACAUUUUAUUUGGGUACCGGGUCGGCUCUUGUCAUGGCUGGUGGUGUCACAACAUCCCCGGUACGAAGAUCACGAUCACGUGGACCAUCCACCGUCGUAGAAGAAGUUAGCCGUCAGAGAAGGGCUCGUAGCAAGAGCAGACCACGAGCUUUGUAUGCUCCUGACCCUGAAGUUGUUCGAGUAAACGAUUACAGCGUCGUGGAAGUGCUACGUGAGGAACCAGCCAGGGUGACGAUCAGAGGACUUAGACGAUCGUUCUAUCCUCCUUCUCAUCUGCCUCCAGUUGAUAAUUCGCCACCUGAGAAAAAACUGCAGCUUGAGUGGGUCUACGGUUAUCGAGGAACUGACACUCGCAAAAAUCUUUGGGUUUUACCCAGUGGCGAAUUAUUGUAUUACGUCGCGGCCGUAGCAAUACUUUUCGAUCGAGAAGAGAAUGCGCAACGACACUACAUUGGACACACAGAAGACAUUAUGUGUAUGGAGGUUCAUCCUAGCAGAGAACUUGUCGCGUCCGGCCAAAAGGCAGGCAGACAUAGAAAAGCGCAGCCGCAUGUUCGUAUCUGGUCAACAGAAACUCUUCUCACUCUAUACGUGUUUGGCAUGACCGAAUUUCAAAUGGGCGUCUCAGCAUUAGCAUUUUCACAACUGAAUGGCGGUAGUUACGUACUUGCCGUGGAUUCUGGAAGAGAAGCUAUACUUUCGGUGUGGCAAUGGCAAUGGGGUCACUUGUUAGGCAAAGUAGCAACCAUGCAGGAAGACCUCACGGGUGCAGCAUUUCAUCCACUGGAUGAUAAUCUCUUAAUAACGCAUGGGCGCGGCCAUUUAACAUUCUGGAAUCGGCGAAAAGAUGGUUUCUUCGAGCGAACUGAUAUCAUUAAACCGCCGUCCCGUACACACGUGACGAGCAUCCAGUUCGAACAGGAUGGCGACGUCGUCACGGCGGACAGUGAUGGUUUUAUCACGGUAUACUCGGUGGAUGCGGACGGGGCAUAUUUUGUACGAAUGGAAUUCGAAGCGCAUAACAAGGGCAUUAGCUCUCUCGUCAUGUUAUCGGAAGGCACGCUCCUCUCCGGCGGCGAAAAGGAUAGGAAAAUAGCUGCUUGGGACUCAUUGCAGAAUUAUAAACGCAUCACCGACACAAAGCUGCCAGAAUCGGUAGGUGGAGUCCGCAGUAUAUAUCCGCAACGUCCCGGUCGGAACGACGGAAACAUUUAUGUGGGAACUACGCGUAACAACAUUCUUGAAGGUUCUCUACAAAGAAGGUUCAAUCAAGUCGUAUUCGGCCAUGGCAGACAAUUGUGGGGUUUGGCGGUUCAUCCUGACGACGAGGUCUUUGCCACUGCCGGACACGAUAAGAAUAUCGCUCUCUGGCGGAGACAUAAGCUAUUGUGGACCACACAAGUGGGUUUCGAGUGUAUAUGCAUAGCCUUCCAUCCAUUUGGCGUGGCAUUAGCGGCCGGAUCAUCGGAAGGUCAUCUUUUGGUACUCGCGGCUGAUACUGGAGCAGCCGUAGCGACUCUGAGAGUCUGUGGCUCGCCCUUGUCUUGCAUCGGAUACAAUCCUACUGGAGAAAUCGUGGCUAUGGGUUCUCAAAACGGCAGCGUAUAUCUUUUUAGAGUAUCUAGAGAUGGAUUUUCAUAUAAGAAAAGCAACAAGAUUCGCGGCACGCAGCCAUUAAUGCAACUUGAUUGGAGUUCCGACAGUCGUUUUCUUCAAACCGUUACUCAAGAUUAUGAUCUCCUGUUCUGGGACGUCAAGGUGCUAUCGUCAGAAAAGAGUCCAUUGGUUAUGAAAGAUGUCAAGUGGUAUACCCACAAUUGUACUGUUGGUUAUAUGACUUCUGGGCAAUGGAACAAUCGUUACUAUCCAUUGACUACAGUUGUCACUACCUCUAGUAGAUCAGCAGCGCACGAUAUGUUGAUAAGCGGCGAUGCUGAAGGAUAUCUUCGACUCUUCAGAUACCCAUGUACCACCGCCAAAGCUGAAUAUGUCGAGGAAAAGGUGUAUAGUUCGUUGGUAGCCUGCGCCAGAUUCCUCUAUAACGAUCAAAACGUCGUUACUGUCGGUGGUACUGACGCUGCCUUGAUGCUCUGGGAAUUGGUCGACGAAUAAAAAGAUUAAGUCAUUA